UUUUGGUGUGUGUGAGAGUGUGUGAUCACCAUGAGGAUCACACGGACCCUGUGGCAACUGUCUGGACAGAGCCUUCGUCACUAUUAUCCUCCUCCUCAUCAUCAAUCUCGUCAUCACUUUUCAGCGGGGAUCAUUGGAGCUCCCUUCUCCAAAGGACAGCCCAAACGUGGAGUGGAACAAGGACCUGACGUGAUCAGAGGAGCAGGUCUGAUCCAGAAACUUCAGAAACAAGGAUGUGCAGUGAAGGAUUAUGGGGACCUACAUUUCCCUCAAGUGGAGGAUGAUGAUCCUGUGGGCGGAGUCAAACAUGUGCGAGCGGUGGGCAGGGCCAAUCAGAGGCUGUCUGAGGCGGUGAAGAAGGCAAAGACAGACGGACACUGCAGCGUGGUGCUGGGCGGAGAUCACAGUCUGGCCAUCGGGUCAAUCCACGGUCACGCAUCGGCCGUCAGAGACCUGAGUGUAGUUUGGGUCGAUGCCCACGCUGACAUCAACACUCCACUGACCACGUCCACUGGAAACAUGCACGGUCAGCCCAUGUCCUACCUGCUGCGUGAGCUCGUUUCAAAGAUUCCUGUUCUUCCGAACCUGUCCUGGCUCCAACCGUGUCUUUCUGCCAGAGACCUGGUCUAUAUUGGUCUGAGGGACAUGGAUCCUGAAGAGUCUUUCAUCCUGAACCUUCUGGAAGUGAAGGUUUUCUCCAUGGUACAGGUGGAUCAACUUGGGGUCGCCCGGGUCAUGGAGGAGACAUGUGACUACCUCACCGACAAAGUGAAGAAACCGAUUCACCUCAGCUACGACAUUGACGCCAUCGAUCCUUCGGUUACCCCAGCAACGGGAACGCCUGUAGUGGGUGGACUCACAUACAGAGAGGGCGUGGCCAUUGCUGAACACCUGUGUCAGACAGGUCUCCUGUCGGCUGUGGAUCUGGUGGAAGUCAAUCCUCUUCUGGGUCCAAACCCACAGGCCGUUCAGUCCACGGUCCACACGGCCGUUGACCUGCUGCUCGCCUGCUUCGGACGCCGUCGUGAGGGAAACCCGCCGUCUGAUUAUCAACUGCCUGAGCCCUGAGAGAACCCCCCACACACAGACCCCCCUCAAACAUUGAUUUGACACUUGACUGCAUCACCGACCUCUGACCUCCCGCUUUUAACUAACAUUGAGAAUCAAAAAUCUGUGAUUAAAGUAAUUAAAGAACUGAA